CCGUGCCCAGUGCUCUGCGGGCCGGCGCGCAACGCCGUUGUGGAUGAACUAAUCCUUCCUAUGAAGAGUGAAAGUACUUGAUUUUGGAAAAUUUGUAAAGCACUUCUAACUUCAAAGCUGGAGAAAAGUAUGAAGGAAAAAUCCAACUGACUCCUUCAGCACCUCAACGCAGAACUCAAAAUGUCUCUUGAGAAAAAAACUGCUGCUGAUGUCUUGGAGAAGUGGUGUUUGGAGGAACCACUGUUUGGUUGCAGACGGCACCAGAAUGUUAGGAAAAAACUGAGACUAAUACGAAUUAUAGGGCUUCUUGUCAGUGUAGUCGCCAUUAGUACUUUCUCUCUUUCAAUUAGUGCCUUUUUCAAGAUGGAGCCACAUAGCACGGUGUUGGCCAGCAGCCUAGUUAGCCAAAAGCUGGUGCACAGGCACCAAAGAACUCUGUUGGAUUUCGCGGAACAGAAUGAAAACGGCACUCCAGACCUGCAUGUUUCUAUGAAAUACCAAGCUGAGCACGGCAAUGCAACAGAUGAUCAUAACAAGGGAGAGUACCCCGAGGACCUUUUCUCUCUUGAGGAGAGAAGAAAGGGAGCAGUGAUCCUCCAUGUAAUUGGAAUGAUUUACAUGUUUAUAGCCUUAGCCAUAGUCUGUGAUGAGUUCUUUGUUCCUUCCUUGACUGUCAUCACUGAAAAGAUGGCCAUAUCUGAUGAUGUGGCAGGGGCAACCUUCAUGGCUGCUGGUGGGUCAGCCCCAGAACUCUUCACUUCUUUAAUAGGAGUGUUUAUAUCCCACAGCAAUGUUGGCAUUGGCACAAUAGUGGGAUCUGCUGUGUUCAAUAUCCUGUUUGUUAUUGGAAUGUGUGCUUUAUUUUCUAAAGAGAUCUUGAACCUUACUUGGUGGCCACUAUUUCGAGAUGUUUCCUUUUACAUCAUUGACUUGAUCUUGCUAAUCAUCUUUUUUCUGGAUAACUUGAUCAUGUGGUGGGAAAGUUUAACACUCCUGACAGCAUAUUUCUUCUAUGUGACUUUCAUGAAGUUCAAUGUUCAAGUAGAAGAAUGGGUGAAGAAAUUUUUGAACAGGAACAAAGUUGAGAAAGUAACAGCGGAUGCUGAAGGAAAGUCACCUAAUGCUGGCGACAAGGAUGACCAAACACUGACGACCAAGCCACGGCUCCAGCGGGGAGGAAGCUCUGCAUCUCUCCACAACAGCUUGAUGAGGAACAGCAUCUUCCAGCUCAUGAUUCACACACUUGACCCACUUGCCGAAGAGCUUGGAUCAUAUGGAAACCUAAAAUAUUAUGACACAAUGACUGAAGAAGGAAAAUUCAAGGAAAGGGCCUCAAUUCUGCAUAAGAUUGCCAAAAAGAAAUGCCAGGUGGAAGAUAGUGAAAGGCAGAAUGGAGCAGCUAAUCAUGAAAAAGGUGCAAAAGUGGAAGUUGCAGUAACACCACCAAGUGAUUCAGGACCAGUGCAGAAUGGGAUCGCCCAUAACGUUGAAGAAGAGAAUGAAGAGGACGAAGACCAGCCUCUCAGCCUGGCCUGGCCUGACACCCCACGCAAGCAACUCACCUACCUUCUUGUAUUACCCAUUGUUUUUCCACUAUGGGUUUCCCUCCCAGAUGUCAGGAAACCUAGCUCAAGAAAAUUUUUUCCUAUCACAUUUUUUGGCUCUAUCAGCUGGAUUGCAUUUUUUUCUUACUUAAUGGUCUGGUGGGCACAUCAGGUUGGAGAGACUAUCGGUAUUAGUGAAGAAAUCAUGGGAUUAACUAUUCUAGCUGCUGGCACAUCCAUUCCUGACCUUAUUACUAGUGUGAUUGUAGCACGCAAAGGUCUUGGGGACAUGGCUGUAUCCAGUUCUGUUGGAAGCAACAUAUUUGACAUCACAGUGGGCCUUCCUCUUCCGUGGCUCCUGUAUGCUGUGAUUAACAGCUUCUCCCCGGUGACAGUCAGCAGCAAUGGUCUAUUCUGUGCAAUUGUCCUCCUUUUCAUCAUGCUGCUCUUUGUCAUCCUCUCCAUCGCUUUCUGCAAGUGGAAGAUGAAUAAAAUCCUGGGCUUUCUCAUGUUUGGGCUUUAUUUUGUGUUCCUGAUUGUCAGUGUCCUCCUGGAGGACAAAGUUAUCCAGUGCCCAGUCUCCAUCUAGUGGAAAGUGAUGUUUCUCUUGGAGAAAGGAAAAAAAAAAAUCAAGAAAAAAUACAUAUAAAAACAAAAGAGAAAAAAAAAACCCACACCACACAAUGAAAAGCUUCUAUGGAUUUGUAAAAUUCCUCUCCCUCAAAUUGAAAAGAGAGAAAAACAAAGGAAGAAAAGGAUACAAAAGUUGGAUCUUGGAUUCUGAAGAAUGGCCACUGCUGGACAGUGCAGUCACAUGUAAAAGGCUGAGUCCGGCUGUGCAGAGGUUUUAUUUUGUCAGCUGCAGAACAUCCUCACCACUCAUUGCUGGAGAUGCUGUGCAUGCAUGGAAACAGUGGAAACUGCUGCUACUCCUAUGCCUAUGGUACAUACCCACAGAAUUCUCAUUCUCUGUAGUAGUAUACACAAACACACAGCAUGCUCAGUUCUUAAAGCUCUCUCUUCUAAGGAGAAUGCUGAUACUAACUUUGUGGAUGAGUCACCCUCCACACACUCCAGUAUGGGAUUUUUCUGAUACUCUACUAAAGCACCUGAGUCAAAAGCAUACAAGAAGCUCCUGAGUCACAGACAGGGAAGAGCUUGCACAUCUCUUCAUAGAAGUGAAUUCAUAUGAUGUGAUUUCAGCAAAACCAGAGACUUCAUUGGUGUUUUGAUCCUCUGCAUCACAGGCCUGCAAAGCAAUCAGCAGGAUAUUAAUGGUAGUUUAUUACAUCUUGCAAAACUCUUCAGAUUCCAGAAGCUCUAGCUCUGGCACCGAAGGGGCCAUGCUGCCUGGCCAUGUUAUAACUGGUGCAGAUUUUCAUUGCAUUCACAUGCAAAGACUAGAAUGGGGAUACUCUUUCUUUGCUAGUAGUAACACAGCAUACAGAGAUCGUACAACUACUAUGUGAACACUUUUUUUCUAACGCAGCAAUACCAACAACAGUACCAUGGCUUUCAGAUCCUGUUAUCAGUAGAAAUUUGCUUUUUCAAUGCAGAGGAAAAAGGCUAUUUUGCUUAUGCAUAGUAUUUAAUACAGAAAGUAGUAUUUGCAAAGUGGCAGCCUAAUUGCUGAAGUGGAUGUGUUUUGCCAUCUAUCUUUCAGUAUUACUUGGAGUGUAGGGACCUUCACAGGUACAUAUAGCUAUUGCUGAAAGAGAUCCCAGCUGAUGUACAAAGCUGGGGCAGUUCAUACUUGCUCUUAGGAAUCUUGAAACUAGAUAGGAUAAACUGACAAUUUUAAUGUAGUGGAGCUACAGGAAACCUAUGUGAUUUUUGUUGGAGUAUGAAUGUCUAAUGAAGCCCAUGAAAGAGUGAAAAUGUAAUACUCUUCUACUGAAUUUCUGAGAGAAGGAGAAGGUCCAAACCUAGAACAAAAAAAAAAAAAAAAAAAAAAAAAAGAGGGAGAAAGCAAUUAAGUGUUCUUCCAGAGAACUGGAAUAGAUGUUAAGAAUUUAUUUCAGGUAAUUGUCCUUUGUUCCUUCAAGUCUUUCGUGCAGUUAGUUCAUGAAAUUUCAGCACAUUUCUGUGACCUGUUUCAGCAUUGUUUUGUAUUCAUAUUGUGCUCACAAUGGCAAUGUCAUGCUCACAGCUGUAUAACAGAAGGCUCAGCACAUUUUGUCUUCUCAAUUUUUGUGUGUUCCAUGCUGUUUGCCUCUUGCUCAUCCCCUUGUCCUUUACUGUUUUCCAGUUAGGUGUUUGUGUAUAACAGUGUCUUAUUAGAGUAAGGACUUCACAGAAAAAGCAGUAAACAGUAAAAAAUACAUAUUAAAAAUUACUGAAUAUUAAUCUUAUUGUGAUAUCAUGAAGAAACAAGUGAGAUACUAAUGAUCAAAAGCAAGAAAACUAGUAGCUGCAAUGCCUGCUGCUCAUGUCUUGUGCUAUGUUCAGAAUCAGUAUUUGACCUUAAGCACACAUUUGCAACCUCUCUUGUUUCUUAGUGCUUUCUAGUGUGAGCUUCUCUCACUGUGAGCAAAGAUUUGUCUGUAUAUUUAAGAUCUUGUCUUAACUUUUUUUCCUAUGGGUGUACAGAAUGGAAAGUUAGGUACAUACCUAAUGUAUCUACCAUGCCCUCUUCUGACAAGAACAGCAGUCCUGUAAUCUAGAAUUGAGAUUCUGAGCUUAGAUGAAACAGGUAUUUCAAAAUACAAGUCUGACUCCACCAUGUUGUAAUCUGUCCCAAAGGAAAUAUGGAAUGCUUUAUUUCUGCUGCUGGGGCUCAAAAUAGGCAAUCUUUUCUUGAGCGACAGGCCAAGACGGAGUAAUCUGAAAGGCUGUGUGCAGGAUCAUGAUAGAUCUCUGUAUAUGGGCACAUACCACAUACAAAGAUGCUCAGAUUCACUGUAAAUCAAAAAAUGAGGGAAGGGCAAGAGUACAGUACAUUUUUUUUCUCUCCUGACUUAAUGACCAGCAAAAAGCCCUGUCUGACCUUGAGAGCUGUUAGAUUACUCUGGUGCAUGCUGCACAGUGAGGGCAGCAGCCUCAGAGACUACUGCCCCACUGACUGCAGGUAUGGAGAAUAGAAUAACCCAUCAAAAGCUCUGUACAUGGAAUAUCUCAGUCCAAAUCAGGCAUCUACAGCUGAAGGAAAUGUUUUGUUGUUUUUUUUCUGUAGGGCUAAGGGUUGUUAUGCUCUAUAGCAUUUGUACACUGUCUUAAAAUGUAUCUGACUCUUAUCUUUCCUGUGUCUGCUUGCCGCUGUCAACAUGUGUAUCUUUGAUGGUAUUACAACCAAUCUUUUCCCCUUAGGAAUGAGACACCUCAUGGCUCCCAGUGUGUUAUGUGUACUGGGCAGAUCAUUAUUCAAAUGGCUGAAAAAACUGUGCAGUCAGUGGCAGCUAAGCUCCUGAAGUAAUAGGAGGAGAGAUUUCAGUCAUGUGGUGUUUCUAUGGUGGCUGGCUGGGAAAGCUGGUAGUACUUACCAAGGCAGCUUUCUACAUGGAGUAAACAAUUUCAGGAUACUUGUGCACUGAUGUGCUCUUGGAUUAUAAGGCAACAACUGUGCUGGUAGAG